UGUCAAAAGAGUUCUUACUACAAUUUCUGAUUUUUUUGUUCUUGCAUGAGAUUUAGUGACAGAUAGUUAGCACAUGAGAUAAAAUUAUUGAAAACCGAGCCCCCUGGUGAAAAUACUUAUUAAUAUAAAGGGGGUUCUUACAAAAUAUAACCAUUUAUUAAAUGACCAAUAUGUUAAAUUUAAUUAUUAGAAGUAUACCCCGAUCUACACUUCGGCACAUAGGAAAUUACGUAGAAAAGGGUGUCCCUUUGGUAGCCCGUAAACACCGAUAUGUAUAUCAAGGAGAGCAAUUGAUUAGUAAAUAUAGUAUUUGUUCAAAUAGUGCUAACACCUUAAGUUAUAGAACGUCAGUUAUCCUAUGUAACAGAUUUUUUCAAACUUCUAAUGUGUGCUUGGAUAUUCAACUUGUGAAAGUACCCCCUUUUGCUGAAUCUGUUACUGAAGGAGAUGUUAAACUCGAAAAGAAAGUCGGCGAUUAUGUCGAAGCAGACGAAGUUGUUAUGGAAAUUGAAACAGAUAAAACUGCCAUGCCUGUACACUCUCCAGCUGCUGGUGUUAUAGCGGAAAUUUUGGUAAAAGAUGGUGAUACUGUUAAACCUGGACAAGAAUUGUUCAAGUUGAGUGUUGGGGAAGGAGCUCCACCUCCGAAAGCAGAAAAACCAGCAGCAUCAGAGGCUGCUCCUCCCAAACCAUCAGCACCAACACCACCUCCACCUCCUGCACCUAAACCAACAGAGCCAACACCGAAACCAGCAGCAGCACCACAACCAACAGCUCCAAAACCGGCUGCUCCUAUGAGUUCAAUACCAGUCGCUGCUAUUCGUCACGCUCAGUCAUUAGAAGCAGCAACAGUAAAAUUACCGCCAGCUGAUCCCACAAAAGAAAUAUCUGGUACACGAACUGAACACAGAGUGAAAAUGAAUAGGAUGAGGCUAAAAAUUGCACAGCGUCUUAAAGAGGCUCAAAAUGUUAAUGCGAUGUUGACCACAUUUAACGAAAUAGAUAUGACGAAUAUAAUGGCUUUCCGAAAAGAAAACCAAGAAGCUUUCAUGAAAAAACAUAACGUAAAGUUGAGCUUUAUGUCUGCUUUCCUCAAAGCUUCUGCCUACGCUUUACAAGAUCUACCUAUUGUAAACGCUGUGAUAGAUGGCACUGAUAUUUUAUACAGAGAUUAUGUAGACAUUUCAGUUGCCGUUGCGACACCUAAAGGUCUUGUAGUACCUGUUAUAAGAAAUGUCGAGAGAAUGAAUUAUGCAGAAAUUGAAUUGGCCAUUGCUGCUGUAGCAGACAAAGCUAGAAAAGGACAGUUAGCUGUUGAAGACAUGGAUGGUGGUACCUUUACCAUAAGCAAUGGAGGUGUGUUCGGUUCUCUGUAUGGCACACCUAUUAUAAAUCCACCACAAUCUGCUAUUUUGGGAAUGCAUGGUAUAUUUGAUAGACCAAUUGCCAUUAAAGGCCAGGCGGUGGUUAGACCGAUGAUGUACAUAGCUCUAACUUAUGAUCACAGAAUCAUCGACGGACGUGAAGCUGUAUUAUUCUUGAAGAAAAUCAAACAAGGAGUGGAAAAUCCAGUUACAAUAGUAGCUGGCCUUUAAAAAUUACCACUAAAAGUAAUAAACAUGGUUUUAACUUUUAUUUUACAGUGCCGUAAAUGCGGUUUUUAAUUAUAAUCAUAUCAAUCGGUCUUAAUUUGUUGCUGCGAUUUUUUUUUACAAAUUUUGAAACCUCAACUAAAUAUUUAUAAUUAUGAAACAAAAACAGUAAAUUAAACUGAGUAUAGAUAUUUAAUUGGACUUUUUUUGUGUAUCUUAAUUUGAUAUUAUCGAAGCUUCGUCGAUUUUAUUUGUUAUUUAUUAAUUAAAAUACUUAAAAACGUUUUUGU